GGGGCGCGUCACGUGACGCGCUCCAUUUCCGGCCUCGCUUUGCUGCCUGGCUGGGCGCUCCUUGGGGCUCGUUGCCGUGUGAGGAGAAGCCGUCGCCAUCAUGCCGGUCUACUUCCAGCGGCCCGAGAACGCCCUAAAGCGGGCGAACGAAUUUCUUGAGGUUGGGAAGAAGCAACCUGCUCUUGAUGUUCUCUAUGAUGUUAUGAAAAGUAAAAAACACCGAACAUGGCAAAAGAUCCACGAACCGAUUAUGCUGAAGUACUUGGAGCUCUGUGUGGACCUCCGCAAGAGCCACCUGGCUAAAGAAGGCCUAUAUCAGUACAAGAAUAUCUGCCAACAGGUGAACAUCAAAUCCUUGGAGGAUGUAGUUCGGGCUUACUUAAAAUUAGCAGAAGAAAAAACUGAAUCUGCUAAAGAAGAGUCUCAGCAGAUGGUGCUAGAUAUUGAAGACUUAGAUAAUAUUCAGACUCCAGAGAGUGUUCUCCUAAGUGCUGUGAGUGGGGAAGACACUCAAGAUCGUACUGAUCGGUUACUUUUGACUCCCUGGGUUAAAUUUCUAUGGGAAUCCUACAGGCAGUGUUUGGACCUUCUCAGAAACAAUUCUAGAGUGGAGCGGCUUUAUCAUGAUAUUGCACAACAAGCUUUCAGGUUCUGUUUGCAAUAUACUCGUAAAGCUGAGUUUCGCAAACUCUGUGACAAUUUGAGAAUGCAUUUGGGUCAGAUCCAGCGUCAUCACAAUCAGAGUACGGCUAUCAAUCUCAAUAACCCAGAGAGUCAGUCAAUGCAUUUGGAAACCAGGCUUGUACAGUUGGACAGUGCUAUAAGCAUGGAACUGUGGCAGGAAGCCUUCAAAGCUGUGGAAGACAUACAUGGAUUAUUCUCCUUGUCCAAGAAACCACCAAAGCCCCAGCUGAUGGCAAACUAUUAUCACAAAGUUUCUACUGUCUUCUGGAAAUCAGGAAAUGCGCUCUUUCAUGCAUCCACACUUCACCGUCUUUAUCAUCUCUCAAGGGAAAUGCGAAAGAACCUCACGCAGGAGGAGAUGCAGAGGAUGUCAACGAGAGUCCUUUUGGCCACACUGUCCAUUCCUAUAACACCUGAACGAACUGACAUUGCUCGUCUUCUAGACAUGGAUGGCAUCAUUGUUGAAAAGCAGCGGCGAUUGGCAACUCUGUUGGGCCUCCAGGCCCCACCGACACGAAUUUCUCUCAUUAAUGAUAUGGUGAGAUUUAAUGUUGUACAACAUGUUGUCCCAGAAGUAAAGGAACUUUAUAACUGGCUUGAAGUAGAUUUUCAUCCACUGAAGUUAUGUGGCCGUGUAUGCAAGGUGUUGAACUGGGUAAGAGACCAAUCUGAGAAGGAACCAGAACUGCAACUGUAUAUCCCCCAUCUUCAAAAUAACACCAUACUCAGGCUGCUUCAGCAGGUGGCCCAAAUUUAUCAAAGCAUCGAAUUUUCUCGCCUGACUACUCUGGUUCCUUUUGUUGAUGCUUUCCAACUGGAACGUGCAAUAGUAGAUGCUGCCAGACAUUGUGAUUUGCAAGUUCGCAUUGAUCAUACCACUCGAACACUGAGUUUUGGGUCAGAUUUGAACUAUUGCACUCGGGAAGAUGCACCUCUUGGCCCUCAGCUGCAAAACAUGCCAUCUGAGCAGAUCAGGAGCCAGUUGACAGCUAUGUCAUCUGCCCUUGCAAAGGCUCUUGAAGUGAUUAAGCCACCUCACAUAUUGCUAGAGAAGGAAGAGCAACACCAGCUGGCUGUUACAGCUUAUUUAAAAAAUUCAAGGAAAGAACAUCAGCGUAUCCUUGCUCGCCGUCAGACUAUUGAGGAAAGAAAGGAACGCCUUGAGAGCUUGAACAUUCAGCGUGAAAAAGAAGAGUUGGAGCAGCGUGAAGCGGAACUCCAAAAGGUUCGCAAAGCCGAAGAGGAGAGAUUGCGUCAGGAGGCGAAAGAGCGGGAAAAGGAGCGCAUUCUGCAGGAACAUGAGCAAAUUAAAAAGAAAACUGUUCGUGAACGUUUGGAGCAGAUCAAGAAAACUGAGCUGGGAGCCAAGGCCUUCAAAGAUAUUGAUAUUGAAGAUCUUGAAGAAUUGGAUCCAGACUUCAUUAUGGCAAAACAAGUUGAACAGCUGGAGAAAGAAAAGAAGGAAUUGCAAGAGCGUCUGAAAAAUCAGGAGAAAAAGAUUGACCAUUUUGAAAGGGCAAAACGCUUGGAAGAAAUCCCACUGAUUAAGAGUGCAUAUGAAGAGCAAAGAGUCAGAGACAUGGAGCUUUGGGAACAGCAAGAAGAAGAAAGGAUCUCAACUAUGCAGUUGGAACGUGAGAAAGCCCUUGAACAUAAGAACAGGAUGUCCAGGAUGUUGGAGGACAGUGAUUUCUUUGUAACUAGGCUCAAAGAAGCGAGAAGAUCAGUGUAUGAGGAAAAACUUAAACAAUUCCAAGAAAGAUUAGCAGAGGAAAGGCAUAAACGCUUAGAGGAACGCAAAAGGCAGCGCAAAGAGGAAAGACGCAUUGCUUAUUAUCAGGAGAAAGAGGAAGAAGAACAAAGAUUGCAAGAAGAGAAGAUGCUUAAAGAACAAGAAGAAAAAGAACGUGUAGAACGUGAAAAACGUGAGGAAGAAAUGCGUGAAUAUCAGGAACGCGUCAAAAAACUAGAAGAGGUAGAGAGAAAGAAACGCCAAAGAGAACUGGAGAUUGAAGAAAGGGAACGUCGUCGAGAAGAAGAGAGGAGGAAUCUUGAAGAUCCGCUUUCAAGGAAGGACUCUCGUUGGAGUGAUCGAGAACCUGGUGAAAGCACCUGGAGAAGAAGUGCUGAGCCAGACUCAGAAUGGAGGCGACCAGCACCACCAGAAAGAGAGUGGCGGCGUGGAGACGCACGUGAGGAUGAAAAACCUUUACGAAGAGAUGAUUUGCCUCGGCGUGGUAUCUCAGCAGACAGAGUAGAGUCUCCUCGUGAAGCACUAGAAGACAAAGUGCCGAAGCAGGAUGCUGAUGAAGACAAAGGUCCUAAGAAAGUUCUGGAUGAUGACAGAACAAGUUGGCGCUCUGCAGAAGACAAGGGCCCCAUGCGUGGCUUAGAUGAUGACAGGGGCCCCAGGCGUGGGCUGGAUGACGACAGGGGCCCCAGGCGCGGGCUUGAUGAUGAUAGGGGCCCCAGGCGCGGGCUUGAUGAUGAUAGGGGCCCCAGGCGUGGUCUGGAUGAUGACAGGGGCCCCAGGCGCGGGCUGGAUGAUGACAGGGGCCCCAGGCGUGGGCUGGAUGACGACAGGGGCCCCAGGCGUGGCUUAGAUGACGACAGGGGCCCCAGGCGUGGGCUGGAUGAUGACAGGCCAAGUUGGCGCAACACAGAUGAUGACAGGGGCCCCAGGCGUGGUCUGGAUGAUGACAGGGGCCCCAGGCGUGGUCUGGAUGAAGACAGGGGCCCCAGGCGUGGGCUGGAUGAUGACCGGGGCCCCAGGCGGGGUUUGGAUGAUGACAGAGGCCCUAGGCGGGGUUUGGAUGAUGACAGACCAAGUUGGAGAGCUGCAGAUGAAGAUAGGCCUCCCCGGCGUGGGCUGGAUGAUGACAGAAUCUCAAGGCGUGAUGAAGAUAGGGGACCAUGGCGUAACACAGAUGAAGAUAGAAUUUCAAGGCGUGAUGAUGAUCGUGGACCUAGACGUGCUGGUGAUGAUGACAGAGGUCCUAGACGUGGAGAUGAUUCUAGGCGUGGAGAGGAUUCCAGAACUGGACCUUGGAGACCAUAUGGGAAACCAGGUGGUUGGAGAGAACGAGAAAAGGCUCGUGAAGAUAGUUGGGGCCCUCCACGAGAUUCCAGGCCUUCAGAAGAUAAUGAAUGGGAUAAAGAUCGUGAUGAGAAUGAGAAGGACCGUGAACCUGACAAGGACCGUGACUUUGACCGGGAAGAUCGUUUCAGGCGUCCUAGAGAUGACGCUGGCUGGAGAAGAGGACCAGCUGAGGAAACCUCUAGCUGGAGAGAGUCAGGCCGUCGUGAUGAAUGGGACAGAGGUGGCCGUGAUUCUAGAGAUGACCGGGGUGGCCGUGAUCUUCGAGAUCGGCGUGUUGAAGACAGGGAAAGGAGAGGGCCAGUGCCCCUUCCCAGAACAGAUCGGGAAGAAGUGAGCUCAUGGAGACGUGGCGAUGACAAAAAGGAGGAGCAUGAAGAACGGGAAAUUGUUCGGAGACCACCUGCUGCUGCUGCUCCUGCUGCUCCAGCGCCCUCUGUGUCAAAAGAACGAGAAAAAGAUGGGGAGAAAGAGAAGGGGGCCUGGAGAACAGAAAAAGACCGGGACUCCCUUCGCCGCACUAAACUUGAAGCUGAUGAAGAUGGGUGGACCACUGUGCGACGUUAAGUUCAAAACCUAAACAUGGUUUUUAUGUUGGUGUUUAGCAUUGAUUGGUAACAAAUUAUAAUAUUGGUGCUUUAACACUCUGAAUUGGAAUUCUUUUAACAAAAUUUUCUAGGUAAUGUGAAAGCAUGAAACUCUUACACGUGUGAAAACUGAUCAUGCACAGAACUUGCAACUAAAAGUCAGAAAUUGAAUACUGGUUACCUGAAAUUUCAAAUGUUGUAUAUGUGACAGAUCACUUGGUGGUAAGAAAUAAAAAAUAUGAACCCAGUAGGUAUCUUUGAGUGGCAUGUAUAUCUCAAUCAAAAAGAAAUCAAUUUUUAUUUUAAGUAGUUCUUCACCUGGAAAAUCAGUAUGGUCUGCAAAGUGUACAUUUAAAACAACAUUUCUAGUUACAUGAAGUGAUGGCUUUGUAAGACUACUGCCUAAAAUAGAUAUAAGCAAACACUUUCUAUUUGGGUAUUUUGAUGGCAAGAGGUGUUUUUUUCUGAUGGUAUUAUACAAAGUCAGUAUGUUUUGAGUUGCAUACGAUAAAUGUUAUGGACCUUUAACCACACUGGGGUUUUUUUGGGUAGAUUUUUCUUGAAUGCAUAUACUUAUCAAGCCAUUUUGCAGUCUUUGUUCUCACAAUGAAUGCCAGCACAGCAGUCUCAAAACAACAAAUAAGGCUUUUAAAAUGAAAGCGUUUGAGAACAAUCAUACUGCUGAAGUUUACGACCCUUGGCAUAUAGACUUUGCUUUUUCUGUUCAUGGAUAAUUCAUGCCUUUUGAAGCAUUUAUAUAUAGUAUCCUAUUUCAAGUAUGUGGUCUGGAGGAACUGCUCACUCUUCCCUUCCUUCCUUCCCAAUUUCUUGUCUUCUGGGUAAGUGCUUUACCUUAAACCAAGUGCUUUGUAGUAUGGGCUGGGUUGACUUCAAUUUUGAGGGCAAAGUAGUAAUGUUUAUGAUUGUUUUUAAUUGAAGCCAACACAGAACUUGCUACUAUGUGUUAACUUCAGUGAUAAAUAAACUUAACAAAAUAAGGUG